AUGGGGGAAUCAAUGCAUCGCAAAAUCGAGCUCCAAGCCCCCGCCGAUUUCACAUACCUCUACGGUAACACUGUCGCCCUUUCGCGCCAAAAACUCGACCUUCAUUUACCCCCCUCUGCAAACCCUGAAGAUGGGCCGGAUCCAAUGCGCGAGCGGGUCCGCGAGUUAGUCGACGAGUACAUAUUACGUACCUUCACAUCGGCUUCCUCCUCAAUAAGUAUCAACGGUCUUGACUCUUCAUCGCCUCAGUUUCCUUUCCCGGCUGCUUUCACUGCGCCUGCAGAGACAGUGGAGUACGAACCAUAUGACGGGCAUCUUGCAUCACGUGUGACUUCGCUCUACGCACAAUUGGAAUCGCUUACGACGACAGUCGCACAGCUAAGGCGGGAUGCACCGCGGCGUGCGGCGGAGACGUAUGCAGCGGAGUUGAAGAAGGUGAUAGAGGAGGACGAACAUGAUGACCUAGAAGACGAGGAGUUUCUGGAAAGUGGGGAAGACAAUGAAAGGCAAACGGCAGAAGACGUCGACAUGCCUGAUGCAGACCAAGGUCAGAAACAGAAUGCCAACAAUGGGCCCAGUACAAAUGGCUCACGCCGGAGGUCAGCGAAAACGAAGUGGGAUUUACAUGUGCCCCUUGGCACCGACCAUGAAGCGGAACUGUGGCGUACUGGGGAGAUGGCAGAAGUAUAUGAGGAUACAUUACGGACUUUACUUCGACUUCAGGGUGAGGUUAUUCCUGGCGAUGAGUUAAACGCCACAACAGAUGGGGCCGCCGAUGGAAAUGCAGUAGCAUCGACAGUUGGGAAGGCUGAACGAGCCAGUCGGGCAGUUGAAGUCGUGGAAAAGAAGUGA